UUCUGUGCAAUUGUGCAGUCAUUGAGAGCAUUGGUCCUUUCUUUUCUAUGAUUUCUUUCCGUUUCUGAAGCUGGAAAACGACAGGCAUCAUCCCGUAAACCUGGAAGAUGACAAAAAAAUAUUCAAAGAAAACAUUGGAUUGAACUGUUAUUUCUUUCUAUUCACCUAUGGCAUCAUACUUGUGGAAUUGUUUAUUCUGUUUGCUCCCAUCCUUCUUUGUUUUCCUGCUGUGUUUGGGUCUCCGUUGGCCCAGACUAUGUUGUUGGGCAAAGCUGGCAGUCAGGGCUGCAGGCUGGAGACUGUGGGUCAUUAUCUGUCUGAUACUGGAGCUGCCGCUGCACAGCGAUGAAGGAACAAAGGCCAAGGAGAUGCAAUCGACUCAGCCAGCUAUGUUUUCAGGUCGGACCUCAGGUGGACCCAGGUUUAUUUGUAAACCCACUGCACUGGCCAGAUAUCUCCUGCAGCACUGUGAGUCCCUCACAAAGGCACGACUGUCCGACUGGCCCUGGGGAGACCCUCACCUCCAGACUGUCUCCAGCCAAAUGUGUGGAGAACAUGGGGAGAGCAUACAGUUAACCAGAGAUCACCUGUUACUGAAAGAUGGCGGGAUUGUAGCUCUGGACUGGGCGGUGGGACCGAGACUUAGUGAGGCAACGGUGAAGAGGAGGUGGGAGGUGAAGAAAGAGCAUCAGUCAGGGAGGAAGGCACUAGGGUGCUUCACCCUGACUCCUCCUGUCCUUCUCCUCAUCCCUCAGUUCUGGGGAGGGAUGACACCCCACCUACGGCUUCUCUGCAGACAGGCCACGCGGCAGGGCUUCUGCGUGGUGGUGUUUCACCAUCGAGGGACAGCGGGCUCCCCGCUCACCACGACCACACUGAGUGAGUUUGGAGACCCAGCAGAUCUGGAACAGGCAGUGGCUUAUGUCCGCAGUUGCCACCCAUCCUCUGUGCUGGUUGCAGUGAGCGAGGGAUCAGGCUCUGGGGUCCUGCUGUCCUACUUGGGCGAGCGAGGCUCAAGCACCUGUCUAACAGCAGCUGCAGCCAUCUCACCUGUGCUGCUGGGCCAGCUGUGGUUUGAAAGCGCUCUGCCGCCCAUUUACCGCUGGGGGGUGCUGUUUCAUAGGAAAAUGCAGCUCAGCAGAUAUGCCAGCUCUCUCAGAGGAAAGCUGGAUGUGGAUCGUGCCCUCAGCUCUUCCAGCCUCAGAGACUUUGAAGAAGCUCUGUUCUGCUCUCCCACAAAGAACAUUUCUCCAUCUCCCUCCCUUAGGGGACUCACACCAGCAGCAGCCUGGGCUCUGGGUGAAAGAGCUUACCCAGCCCAAGACUGGGAGAGCUACUGGGGGAGGAAUGAACCGCUGAGAGAUGUGGACGAGGUGGCAGUCCCAGUACUCUGCAUCUGCAGCUCUGAUGACCCUCUCCUCCCACCAGCCUCGAAGCUUCCCCUUUCCCUUUUCCAGAGCAACCCUUACUUCCUGCUGGCUUUAACAGGCAGGGGAGGGCACUGCGGUUUCACUCUCGAGGCCAGGCAGCAGGUGGAUGAAGAGAGACCAACAAAUGAGGAGGAGGAGGAGGAUAAAGGUAUCUGGAGUCAUAAUGCAGUUCUGGAGUACCUCAGGGUAGUGUCUGAUUUCCUGAAAGAAGCAGAGAGGGACUGGAAAAGCUGGACAGGCCAAACAGAGGUGAAUAUUCCCAAAGGGCAGAAGAACAGAUUGAACUCUACGGCACCGCCUCGUCGGAGGAGAGGCGCCAUGAUGAAGAGAUCACGACCACAGCUAGCUGGUCAGAGCAGUGUGGACGAUUUAGAUGGAGACUCCUUUACUUGGAAGAGAUCGUAUACUCGUUAAGACACAUUUUGAAAGAUAUUUUAUUCAUCUUAUGUAAUAUAAGGACAUUUUAUUAUUACUGUAAUCUUUAAACAUGGUACUAGGGAUAUUUAAAGCGCAUUUCUUUAAACAAAUCAACAUACAGAGCAGCACCGACAAGUUCCUAAGGCAAAAGAGAAUUUAACUGCAUGUUAAGUUUUCAAAACCAGAAAAAUUAUUUCUGGCCUCAUUUCAGCUGUGUAAAAAUCUGAUUAGAAUCUGGAAUUUGGUUGGUGACAAAAGCAAAGUGCAGAAAGCUCAGAGGGCAGGUUUACCUGGAGAAACACAACUUUCUGAGAAAUCAGAUUUUUGUUCUCAUCAUUUUCUUUUAAGCAGAUAUGUUUGGACUAAACAUUAUAAAUAAACAAUUAAUGAAUUUUCUGAUUAUGUAUUUAUUGUCCAGACAGCUUAAUUAUGACAAGAUUAAAAUGUAAAAUCUUUUUUAUUGAUUCAAGUUUCAGUGGUGAAAAUGGACAAGAAUGUAUAAAUGACUAAAACUGAAACACUUUGCUUUCAAUUUCUAAAAAAGAAAAAACGAAAAAGAAGAAAUACCUCCACAAGCUGCACACAAACAAAGCUUAAGUGUUGCUCUGUAAAAUAAAAACAAAAAACACAAAAGAAGGAACAGUUAAAUCAAAGAUCCUUUUUAUUCAUCCAUUCAUCUCUACCUGCUUGUCAUUGCAGGGAUAAGCAGGUAGCCUUAUUGCAUGGUGCUCUUAGUUGUACUUGUGUUAGGACAAUAGUACGUUCAAAUGUCCAAAAAUACAGUGGGAAAUCCUGGGUGUAAUUGGACUUUAUGUUAGGCACUGGCUUUAGAAAAAAACGUCUUUUUUCCCAAAGCCAAGGAUAAAACAUAUAUUCAGUACGUGAACCACAACUAUUUAUAACAAACAUACUUUAUCAGUUGGAAUCAAAUAAUCUAUUUUAUGCAUAAGCCAUUUCAGUGACACACUCCCAUCAAAAUCACAAAUAGUUUGACAAUGUGAUUUUCUAUUGAGUGUCACAAUCAGAGUCCGUUUUAGUAUGCGUGUCAGUCUCAAGUAAAGUCAACACCUUGUGAAUACGUCUCUCCAGAUAUGUCAGAUAUGCCUCCAUCUUUGCCGAAAUUCAUUUGCUAGAAAUUGUACUUUUCUCCAUCUUUUGUUUGAGUACAAAUCCUCCCUGCAAAACUUUUCUGGAGGGGGAAGAAUAACUGAAGAUUUCAUUGUUAAUAUGCAAUUGGGAGUUAGUGGUUCCAGCCCCAAGGAAUCACUAAGAUACUAAACACUCAAGGGUCUGCUGUUAAGAGUGUUCUUAAACUAGUUGUAUUGAGUCAUUUUGAGGACUUGUCUAACAUUGCUGUUAGUAUGCUUCACACUGUCCGAAUUUGCCGUUCCCAGAUGCCUCCCAUGUGGCUACCUGAUAGAACAUUCAUCACAAACUCGUCUGUGAUUUUUGACUAUGUCACACUUAAUAAGACACGUACUUUCGGUGUCAGUAAUAUGUUUAAAGUGGGUUUGCCUCCACAUGGAAGGGAGUUGAAGCAGUGAAAUAAUCUAAUUUUAUUAUUCAUUUUAGAGUUUAUAUAAUCAUACUAUUUUACCAUGGUUACGCCCCCAAGGUCCAGGGGCAGUAACAUAAAAAUGUGUCCAGAGAAAAUAAGUGGAAAUGUAAAAAUUUAUUACAAAAAGACGGUUUCACAAACGCAAAACACAAUACAAUAUAACCCAAUUUAAAAAAAAGAAGGGACUAACAAUUUCAAGAAUGCUAAGCACAAAUUAAAUUACUAAAUGUUCAAACAGGUCAGCCUAAAGCAGUGGUGUCAAGCUCCAGUCCUCGAGGGCCGGUGUCCUGAAACUUUUAGAGGUUUCCCU